AUGCCACCGAUCCGCACAUUCAAAUCGGCGCCUAUCAAUUCCCAUUCAGCAGCUAAUACACCUACACCAACGAGCGAAACUCAAGAACAAAAACAACAACACGACAAUGAUGUCGGCUCUGGAGAGACGAUUGGAAAUGAAGGAGCCCCGGCAUGGACACCAGCGACACCAACCGCAGCGGCAAGUAUAGGAGACACCAGGUACCCAGCAGCCAGACCAGGUGCGCCUGCAAUGCCAGCGCCGACAUCUAGUACUUCAGUGAACACAUACACACCUACUAGAACAUACCCAACCUCAACCUUGAACUCAGCAGAUCAAACCUCAUCGCCCCCAGCUCCGCAACCAGGAUCCCGCCCUGUGCCGCCUACAUCAUCAUCAUCAUCAUCGUUAUCUCCCUCCCCAAACAGAGCAACAGCGACAGGAGCGGUACCACCACCCCCCAAAGUCGGCGAAAAGGUCCAACCAGCAUCAUACUACACCCCCUCUCCCCUCCAACAGCAGCAUCAACAGAUCAUCCCGAACUCCACCUCAACGCCGUACUUAUCCACGUACCAACCUCCUAGCUCCUACACGUCCACGUAUGUAGCUGGAUCCGCGUCUGGAUUGCCACUAUCACAGCCCGAGCAGUCAAAUAGUACUUCUGCAAGUAGUAUAUUUGACGGUGCGCUCGGAGAAGGAACGACAGGGCAGGAUAUAUUGAAUACGGCGAGGUCGUGGAUGGCGUCAGCGGGCAAUAAGUUGGCGGAGGCGGAGGAGGAGGUUUGGAAGAUGGUGAAUAAGAAGUCUUGA